AUCUUCUCUUCAACAUUCUCUAACUUAGUUAUCUGUCACCUAUUGCUAUUUCUUGCUUUCACAUCGUUCAAUAUGGCGUUUGUUCAUGUUAUCACAACACUUCUUUUUGCAUUAGCUCUUGCAAGAAUUGACCCUUCUGUAUGCCAAAUGGUAAAGGGCAAAGUUUCUUGCAAUGAUUGUGCUCAAGACUAUGAUUUCUCUGGAAUUAAGGUCUCAAUGAAGUGUGAAGGUGUGAAAAACAUGGCAAUGGCAACUACAGAAAAUGAUGGCUCCUUCAUGGUUGAUCUUUCCACAAGCCAUGCAAAACUUCCUUAUGAUAAUUGUCAUGCAAAACUUCUUGGUGGGCCAAAUAACCUUUAUGCUUCAAGAAGAAACCAAUUCUCCCAAAUUGUGAAGGGAAAAGAGGAAAAUAGCUACACACUAUCCACUCCUCUCAGUUUCUUCACUUCUUGCCCACAAAACAAAGAAUGCAAAACUGAGAAAAAUGAGUUUGGUUCAUCAAAAAGCAUCAAUUUCCCAUUGCCUCCAGAGUGGGGUUUGGCACCAAGUAGUUAUUAUCUUCCUUUCUUCCCCAUCAUUGGAAUACCAUGAUCAUAUGUUCCAUUAAUUACACUAUUAUAUGGUUUUGUUGUCACACCUGGAAGAAUGGAAGGCACAGACCACAGUGGUAAAAAAUAAUAACGUAUGUUUAAGAAGUUUGUUUUGUGAAGGAAGUUCAUUUCUUUAUUUUAUUUAAUUUUUUGUUGCCAAGCCAGUUCAUUAAAUUCUUAGGUUGAAAAGCAGAUAAGUAUAUCUUGCUGUUUUGUCCAGUAUUUAUGUUGAACUGUUAUGAUAUGUAAAAGCUUUAUUCUGAAUAUGUAAUGACUUGAGUUAAUCCAUAUCAACCAUAUAUAUCCUAA